AUGUUCCCCUUAGCAGAUUCUGAUUUCCGCCCCAUGAGGCCGCCCCACCCGCUUGAACUCGUAGACGACAUCGUGUUAUUUGCCAAUGGCUCCAUGCUCACCCGGCUCCGUGACGCUCGUGGCCCUGAUUACCACGUCCUGUCCCUUGCUGUCGGCCGGCUCGCCUCACACCAAGCUUCUCGAAAGUCCCGUCGUGUCCGCUAG